AUGGCUGAUAUUUACGCUCUGCCGGAGCCAAUCAAUGGCGAAAUUUUUGGACAUAAAUUGGAGGAUUUGGAAGAAGCGUUGAAGCUCCUCACUGAGGCGGACAUGAAAAAGCUAGACGAGCUCGAGAAGUUUGCAAUGUUCUUCAAGAAUGCCCGUGUCAAUUUCGGCUUCACUCAACUGGAUGUUGGACACGCACUUGGACCUCGCUAUGGCGCUGAAUUCUCGCAGACAACCAUCUCACGCUUUGAAGCCUGCAAUCUUUCCUUCAAGAAUAUGUGCAAGCUUCAACCGAUCCUUGAGCAAUGGAUUUGCGAGGCUGAAAAGGCUUUGCUGAACGGAACAUCUGUUGGUGCAAUUGUGGAACUUGGAACUUCUGGUUCUUUCAUCACUGAAGACGAAGAUUCGCCGAUGAAGAGACGAAAACGACGCACACAGCUUAGCUUGGAACAAAUCAACAUCCUUGAGGUUGUCUUUCGAAUCGAUCAAAGGCCUUCACUUGAUUACAUGUCGACAUUGGCUGAGGAGAUGUCACUCGGACUUGAUGUGGUGAAGAUCUGGUUCUGCAACCGACGCCAAAAGAAGAAGCGCAACUGUGAAAUCUUCGAGAAGCCCGAUUUGAACAACUUGAAAGGCGUAUUGAUCACUGAGCCAACACCAAAGAAGAAGGGCCGUCGUCCAAGACACUUUCCACCUGAAGAUGAUGGUCAGCUUCCAACGUGCUCUGGUGCUGCACAAUCCAGCAGCUCUACGAUUCUGCAAGAGUUUUUUAUUAACAACUCAUCGAUGUCUUUGAUUUCACAGACCGCACAUGAGGAUGCUUUGAUAAAGGGAGAGCAAAUCUUCGAGGAGGGAGACGAUACCUCUUGUCAAGCUCUU